AGGAGGAGGAGGAGGCGGGGAGCGCGAGGGAUUGUGGGUAGAAGACGGCGAGCUCCCCUUCAGCGCCAUUUUGUGGUGUUUGACAGAAGCUGCUGUGGCUGCUGCUGUAGCUGUUGCGGUGGCAGAGGCGGCCCUUGGCCCAUUUCUCCUCGCCGGCAAUCCAACUCACUAGAAGCAGUUUAAUCAGGAACUGAAGGCAAGCCAUGGGUUCAGACAAACGUGUGAGCAGAACUGAACGGAGUGGAAGAUACGGCUCUAUCAUAGAUAGAGAUGAUCGUGAUGAGCGGGACUCCAGAAGUCGUCGACGGGAUUCUGACUAUAAAAGAUCUAGCGAGGAGCGCAGAAGUGACAGAUACGAUGACUACCGGGAUUACGAUAGUCGGGAUUAUGAUGGCAAAGAUUAUGAUGGCAGAGAUUAUGAUGGUAGAGAUUAUGACAGUCCUGAGUGCUAUAGAGUUAGCUUGCUAAAACACAUGCUCACUUGGCAGAGAGAGCGUGAACGCGAGCGGCGUAAUAGCGACAAAUCAGAAGAUGGAUAUCAUUCUGAUGGGGACUAUGGAGAGCAUGACUAUCGAAAUGACAUUAAUGAUGAGAAAGAAAGCAAGACCAUCAUGUUGCGUGGGCUCCCUAUCACUGUUACAGACUAUGAUAUUCGCGAGAUCAUUGAGUCCUGUGAAGGCCCUCGGCCCGCGGAUGUAAGGCUGAUGAAGAGAAAGACAGGUGUAAGCCGUGGUUUCGCCUUCGUGGAGUUUUAUCACUUUCAAGAUGCUACCAGCUGGAUGGAAGCCAAUCAGAAAAAACUGUUGAUUCAAGGGAAACAAAUCGCAAUGCACUACAGUAAUCCCAGGCCUAAAUUUGAAGACUGGCUUUGCAACAAGUGCUGCCUUUACAACUUCAGAAGGCGUCUAAAAUGCUUCCGUUGUGGAGCAGAUAAAUUUGAUUCAGAACAGGAGGUACCACCUGGAGGACCAGAGGCUGUUCAGUCUGUAGACUACUACUGUGAUACUCUUAUUCUCAGAAACAUAGCCCCUCACACAGUAGUGGAAUCGAUCAUGACAGCGCUGUCACCAUAUGCUUCACUGGCAGUAAAUAACAUCCGACUUAUUAAAGACAAACAGACCCAACAAAAUAGAGGCUUUGCUUUUGUACAAUUGUCUUCAGCAAUGGAUGCUUCUCAGCUGUUGCAAAUUUUGCAGAGUCUUCAGCCACCUCUUAAAAUAGAUGGCAAAACGAUUGGUGUGGAUUUUGCCAAAAGUGCCAGGAAGGAUUUGCUUCUCCCAGAUGGUAAUCGUGUCAGUGCUUUCUCUGUUGCUAGUACAGCCAUUGCUGCAGCCCAGUGGUCAUCAACCCAGCCUCAAAGUGGAGAAGGUGGAGCAGUUGAAUUCAACUACCUCCAGCUGGGACAGGAUGGCUAUACCCAGUACACUCAAUGUUCACAGGAUUAUCAGCAGUUUUACCAGAAUCAAGCAGGAACAUUGGAAACAGAUACAGCUACAAUAUCAGGUACUCCAGUGACAAGUGCUACUACAGCAGCUGUUGUUUCCCAGAGUCCUCAGUUAUAUAAUCAACAGACCAGCUCUCCCGAUUCUCCGACACAAGUAGCACAGCCAGGCACUAGUGCACAGGUGCCAUCAGCAUCUCCAACUGGCGUGGUCCCUGGCACCAAGUAUGCUGUUCCAGAUACUUCUACAUACCAAUAUGAUGAAUCAUCAGGUUUCUAUUAUGAUCCUGUAACAGGGCUCUAUUAUGAUCCAAACUCCCAGUACUACUACAAUGCGAUAACGCAGCAGUAUCUUUAUUGGGAUGGUGAGAAAGAGACCUACAUGCCUGCAGCAGAGGGUACAUCUUACCAUCAAAGUAAUGCAUCUUCCACAAAAGAUGGGAAAGAGAAGAAAGAGAAGCCCAAGAGUAAAACAGCUCAGCAGAUUGCUAAAGACAUGGAACGUUGGGCUAAGAGCCUAAACAAACAGAAGGAGAACUUCAAGAAUAGCUUCCAGCCUCUGAAUGCAAGGGAGGAAGAAAGGCGAGAAUCUGCAGCAGCUGAUGCUGGCUUUGCUCUAUUUGAGAAAAAGGGUACCUUGUCUGAGAGACAGCAGAUAAUAACAGAAGUUAUAAAGAAUGGUGGUGAAGAUGACAACCCACUGAAACGUGGAUUGGUGGCUGCUUAUAGCGGAGACAGUGAUAAUGAAGAGGAUUUCUUGGAAAGGCUGGAAAAUGAGGAAGAAAAACUAACAGACUGGAAAAAAAUGGCCUGUUUGUUAUGUAGAAGGCAGUUUCCAAAUAAAGAAGCUCUAGUCAGGCACCAACAGCUCUCUGAUCUUCAUAAGCAAAACAUGGACAUCUACAGGAGAUCGAGACUAUCAGAGCAAGAGCUUGAAGCCUUGGAAAUGCGUGAGAGAGAGAUGAAAUACAGAGACAGAGCAGCUGAAAGACGUGAGAAAUACGGCAUACCAGAGCCACCUGAGCCAAAGCGGAAAAAAGUGUUUGAUGCAGGCACCGUGAAUUAUGAACAGCCCACAAAAGAUGGCAUUGACCAUAGUAAUAUUGGCAACAAAAUGCUUCAAGCUAUGGGCUGGAGGGAAGGUUCAGGAUUAGGAAGGAAAUGCCAAGGUAUCACAGCCCCCAUUGAGGCUCAAGUGAGAAUGAGGGGAGCUGGGCUAGGAGCAAAAGGUAGUUCUUAUGGUGUCUCCACAGCAGACUCUUACAAAGAUGCAGUACGGAAAGCUAUGUUUGCUCGAUUCACUGAAAUGGAAUAAGCUCUGUCCAUCUUAGAAGCAGAAAAGCAUGAAACAUCUCACCCAAUUUUUCCCCAAACAGACUGUUAAAAACCUUAUGACCUUGGAGGCAUUGCAGUUACUUACUUAACUUACUUCCGGUUUCAGGAUUUCCAUUAAUUCCAGUGUGUAAUGCUUCUCUUUGUGGAUCAUAAAACACAAAGCACCACAGCUUCAUGUUGGAAGAACCAUAACUUAGAUUAAAAGGGGGUGCUGGAUCUUUAUACAUUUUUGUAUAUAGUGUAAAUUUAUGUGUCAUGCUAUUAAAUUUGUGUAGUCUAAAACCCACACCUGUCCUGUGGAGCAGUUGAGGAAGUGUUAAUGUGAUUUUACAUUGUUAUAUCUGCCUACUUUGUACUGUUUCUCAUUUUUGGCAAAACUUUCCUGUAUAUUUUGUAAAAUAUGUCUUUGUAUAGGGUUUUUUUUGGAAGAUUUUGAUUAUAGAUGCCAGUCUAGGCUUCUUUCAAGAAGAAAUAAAGCCUAAACCAAA